UUUCUUCUUCUUAAUCUUCUUUUUCUUUCUCUACGAUCGAUUUCUAGAUUUUCUCUUCCGCCAUUGCCAAACUCCUGAGCACUCCCCUCCAUUCGAUCCGCUCUCACAUCAUCUCUAUCAGUUCCUCGAUUUCUCUCCUCUUUCGUUGAAUCCGUUUUUGUCGCUGUUCAAGUGCCAAAAUAACCCAUUGAAGAUUCGGUGCCACUUACGUUGUUCCAAUACCACAACAGCCUUUGAAGCUGUUUCAUUCACACAAAUCCCAUGAUGACAAUGUCACUCAGAAGAAGAUCAACCUCGUAUUUCCGAAACCUCACGACAGAAACAACAACCAAACAAGAUCCUAAAGAUCAAAACUUUACUCAAACCCUCAACGAAAUCUGCACCAUAACCCGAAGUAAGCCACGUUGGGAAAAUACCCUUAUUUCACAAUACCCGUCUUUUAAUUUCUCAAACCCGAAAUUCUUUCUCAGUUAUCUCAAACAUCAGAACAACACCUUCCUCUCCCUUCGUUUCCUUCACUGGCUCACUUCACAUUGCGGUUUCAAACCGGAUCAAUCUUCAUGUAAUGCUCUUUUUGAUGCUCUUGUUGAUGCUGGUGCUGUUAAAGCUGCAAAAUCAUUGCUUGAGUAUCCUGAUUUUGUUCCGAAGAAUGAUUCUUUGGAGGGUUAUGUUAGGUUGCUUGGGGAAAAUGGGAUGGUUGAGGAAGUGUUUGAUGUGUUUGUUAGUUUGAAAAAGGUUGGAUUUUUACCGUCUGCGUCGAGUUUUAAUGUGUGUUUAUUGGCUUGUUUGAAAGUUGGGAGGACUGAUUUGGUUUGGAAAUUGUAUGAGCUUAUGAUUGAAUCUGGGGUUGGGGUUAAUAUUGAUGUUGAAACUGUUGGGUGUUUGAUUAAGGCGUUUUGUGCGGAAAAUAAAGUUUUUAAUGGGUAUGAGCUUCUUAGACAGGUUUUGGAGAAGGGUUUGUGUGUUGAUAAUACUGUUUUUAACGCGCUUAUAAAUGGUUUUUGUAAGCAGAAACAAUAUGAUAGAGUUUCUGAGAUUCUUCAUAUUAUGAUUGCUAUGAAAUGUAAUCCGAGUAUCUAUACUUAUCAAGAGAUUAUUAAUGGACUUUUGAAGAGGAGGAAGAAUGACGAGGCUUUUAGAGUUUUUAAUGAUCUUAAGGAUAGAGGGUAUUUUCCAGACAGGGUUAUGUAUACAACGGUUAUCAAAGGUUUUUGUGAUAUGGGGUUGCUAGCUGAGGCCAGGAAGUUGUGGUUUGAGAUGAUUCAAAAAGGACUUGUGCCGAAUGAGUACACGUAUAAUGUAAUGAUAUAUGGUUAUUGUAAGGUUCGUGAUUUUGCAGAGGCAAGGAAGCUCUAUGAUGAUAUGUGUGGUAGAGGUUAUGCGGAAAAUGUGGUUAGCUACAGCACAAUGAUUUCGGGUCUGUAUUUGCAUGGAAAGACGGAUGAAGCACUGAGCUUGUUUCAUGAAAUGUCGCGAAAGGGUAUUGCUCGUGAUUUGAUCAGUUACAACUCUCUGAUUAAAGGCCUUUGCCAGGAAGGCGAGCUAGCUAAGGCUACAAAUCUAUUGAACAAACUUCUUAUACAGGGUUUAGAGCCAUCUGUUUCUUCCUUUACUCCUCUCAUAAAAUGUCUUUGCAAAGUUGGAGACACUGAGGGAGCAAUGAGAUUGUUGAAAGAUAUGCAUGAUAGGCAUUUGGAACCAAUUGCUAGUACACAUGAUUAUAUGAUAAUUGGGUUAAGUAAAAAAGGAGAUUUUGCACAAGGUAUGGAAUGGUUGCUAAAGAUGCUGAGUUGGAAGCUGAAACCCAAUAUGCAGACAUUUGAGCACCUGAUUGACUGUCUAAAACGAGAAAAUAGGUUAGAUGAUAUUUUGAUUGUUUUAGAUUUAAUGUUUAGAGAAGGGUAUAGACUCGAAAAAAGCAGAAUUUGUUCUUUGGUCACAAAAUUUAGCAAAAAGAAUUUCCCUUUUCCUCAUUUGUGUUUAGAGGAGCUCUUAUAAAGAAAUUGAUAUAACUGAUCAUGUUGUUUUAUCUUCCAUGUACUAUUAAAUGAUGAUUUUUUAUUUUUUUUGGAAAACAUGAAGCUAUAGACAUCUUGAUGUUUCCCUUUGUAAACCUUCAAGUUGUGAUAUGUACACAUGUCUUUCGAAAUAAAUUACCUCUCAAUUUCGUCAUGAUUAUUGAGAAUAUUUUCUGUGAGGAUUUCUGAA